CCACCAAAGUUUUGUUUUUUACCCUUUUGAACUGGCUUUUACUUGGGCCGUAUCUGCCGCCGCCCGUUUAUCAUUUUUUUACGUUUGCUCAUGGAGCUUCUCGCCGGCAACUGUCGGAAACGACUCGCCGAUGACGACUUUGCCGAGGAUGUUGACCCCUUCGGUGGCUCUGACUGGAUGUACGGCGGACGUUCGCUGAGAAGUCAAGGAAACGACGACGCUUUGGCUACGCUCGCGGACUUGGCGCCGCCUCCGCAGAAACUGAAACCCAUCAGGUGUGUUGUUAAUAAGGCUUCGCUGGAGGAUCGGCAUCCUCUUGAUAUUCUCGCUGGGAGUCUAGACAGGCUUCCGGAGAUGGGGUUUCUUGAAGACUUCGAUGCUCCUUUGGGGUCGAAGAUUGCUGACGUGGAGGAAAGUGGUCUGUUGACACGUGGGGUUGGGAAGGGUUUAAGGUUUGAAACAGAGGUUCAAGGUCAAAUACAUGGUACAUCUCGUGAUGGUGUGUCUCUGAGUCCAUCUUUUGAUAGUGACAGCGAGGGAGACUCUUCCCAGGGCGUUGGCAAGGCGGUCACGGGUAAAAGAAAGCGGCAAAGUAGGGAAAAGCGGGAGCAUUUCAUGGAGAAGCUGGUGGGGAAAAUGAUGAGGCGGCAAGAGAAGUUGCAUAACCAACUGAUCAACGUGAUGGAGAAGAUGGAGCGGGAGAGAGUGAGAAGCGAGGAAGCUUGGAGGCAACAGGAAAUGGAUAGGAUGAAACAGAAUGAAGAGGCUCGGAGGGAAGAGAUGUCACGCAGCUCAACUCUCAUCUCUUUCAUCAAAAGUGUAAUUGGUGAAGAGAUCAAGAUCCCUAAUGCUUUUGUUCACGCUCAACCACUCCAGACUAUUCCCAGACAAUGCGAAUGGGAUCAGACACAAGGAGACGUAAAGUUUGUGUUUCCAGGCGGAAGAAGGUGGCCGCAGGAGGAAGUGCAGGCGUUGAUAGCUAGCAGAAGCGAAGUUGAAGAGAAGACAGGGGUGGUUCACAAGGGAGCGAUAUGGGAUGAGAUAUCAACAAGAAUGAAGGGAAGAGGGUACGAACGAUCUGCUAAGAAGUGCAAGGAGAAGUGGGAGAACAUGAACAAGUACUACAAGAGGGUGAUGGAAAGUAGCAAGAAACAGCCUGAGCACACUAAGACUCGCUCUUACUUUGAGAAACUAGAAAGCUUUUACAAGACCAACUCAGUGAGUGCAGAACACUCGGGAGAGAAGGAACAGUGAGGGUUUAAGAUUAGUUUUUCUUUUUUUGGUCACGGAAGCUUGUAGAUGAUUUCUUUUAAAAAUUUCUGUGUACUUCUUUCUACGACUUUGUGUUUUGUAAGGUGUUGAGUUUAGAAGGGUUCGAAAUAAAGACAAAAACGUUGGUGAUUA